AUACUGUGUGGACUUGUGAAUUGUUUGUUUGUAAGAAAAACUCGUUAGAAAGUAUUUACAAUACAAAAUAAAACUAAAAAGUUUUGUUAAAUAAAAGCAAUAUCUUAAAAACUGAUGGUUAAGAUUUACCCUUCAUUAGCGCAUUAUUCAUCUAAGUGGUUAGCCUUGAAGUAGAUGUCAUCUAAUAACUUAAAUGAGUGUUGUUUAUUUUACAUUUUAGUGUUAUUAGUCGCGAAUUCACGAUUAUAUGGCUUUGAUGUUUGACUUAUGUCUUACAAUAUUUCCGAAGAGGCAUGUUUUAUCCACGCAAUCGGGAGAAAGGCGCAGGUUUAGUCGUCAGCUGGAUUGGUCUGGCCGUGGUCAGUGCCGCGUUCGCCGCGGUCCCGUUGCCGUGUGAUAAGACUCGAAGAGUGUUUACCGAGCCCAGCGGCAUCAUCACCGAUGGCCCCAACACCUCUAAUUACACUCAAGAUUCUCAUUGUGAAUGGCUCAUCAAAGCAGCCAAUAAGAGUCAAUUUAUAACAUUGAGUUUUAUUCGUAUGGGCACUGAAUGUUCAUAUGAUUAUGUAUUUGUUUAUGAUGGUGAUUCCUUUGACGCCCCACUACUUGGAAGUUUCAGUGGAAAAACUGAGCCCCAAAAUGUUACUGCUUCUAGUGGUUAUAUGUUAAUUCUCCUCUAUAGUGAUACAAAUUAUGUAUUAGAUGGAUUCCAUGCAACAUAUGCCAUCCAUAAUUGCCCUAACAAUUGUUCUGGGCAAGGAGAGUGUGUUUCUAACAAAUGUUUCUGUGAAGGAAAGUGGGGAGGACCUGACUGUAGUGUGAAGUUGUGUCCUAAUGAAUGCUCAAAUAAUGGCCACUGUAAAGGCGACAGAUGUAUUUGCAAAAAAGGUUAUUCUGGGGACUCAUGCUCCCUCAAAAGCAAGGAUAAAGAAGGCAAUAGCUGGCACUGGCUCUCUCGGACUGAAAGUGGGAUGACCCGUAGAGCGGCUCACUCUGCCGUGUAUGUGAACCAUACAGACUCUCUGUAUGUGUUUGGAGGAUAUGAUCUGAAUAAAGUUAUAGGUUUAUUGGAAGUAUAUAGUUUUUCUACUAGUCAAUGGUAUGAUGAAAAUGGAAAGGUUGUAAGAAGGUACCCUACAAAUGAAGAGAUUGAUAAAUUAUUACUCAGUCAUUUCAAAAAGGGGUUUGUAGAUGAUAGCUGGCAUAUAGGAAAUAGGAGUUCACUGUUUACAUUAAUAUUGUCAUCAUUCUCAAACAAUGACAAAACUACGUUACCUCUCAUGUACACUCAUUCUCCGACACCAUAUUCAGAUAGCUAUCUCCAUUUUACUGACAGACCAGAAAUGUUAAGUUCAAUGAAAUCGAAUUAUACUAAGCCAGAACCAAGGUAUGGACAUUCAGCUUGUGCGUUUGGUGCUGGAUUUGUACUGUAUGGCGGGAAACUCUCCGAUGGUAGCCUGUCUUCGGAGUUGUGGUUCUAUGAUGUUAUUACCAAUCAGUGGACUUUACGAGCAGUAAAUUCUACUUUUACGCCGCCUGGCCUUACACGGCACACCUUGACCGCCGUCAAAGAUGAGUUAUACUUAUUUGGUGGAAGCACUGUGGAGGGCGAAUUCUCUUCAAGCAUGUAUAAAAUUAAAUUGGAUGAUGUCAACACUGAGUAUUGGGAAAAAGUGCAAGUAAGAGGGGGUAAGGAAUUAGACGUACGGGUGGUGGCCCAUACAGCUGUUUUUCACUCGCAUUCUAAUUCUAUAUUAGUAUACGGUGGAGUGGUGGCCAGUGUCGCUAGGUUUUCAAAGCUCUCAGACAGAAUGUUUGCAUUUGAUAUAUAUUAUAGACACUGGAGUGAAAUACAUUAUCCUAGAGCUCAUUUGCGAGACACAUACGUGCCGCGUGAAAGGGCGUUUCAUACGGCGACCGUGAUAGGAAAUUAUCUAGUUAUUUUUGGAGGUUACUCUCAUCGGCAUAAUAGGGAAGAAAUAUGUUACGACGGCCAAAUGUAUCUAUAUCACCUCGGUUGUCAUUCCUGGAUACCAUUAGACGUUUUAGGAAAGACACCAAAGUUCUAUCCCAAAAAACAAGGCGUAUUUGCGCACGCGGCGGCUUUGAAGCCUCCUUCAACUUUAUUGUUAGCUGGCGGAUAUCACGGCAAUGUUAAUGGUGACUUGCUGGCAUACGUCGUCCCAAGUUGGCAAGCUGGUAUUACCAACAAUAAUCCGGAGUCGGUGUGCCCUCGGCAUCAAACACAACCUGAAUGCUUGGCGGAUCCUGAAUGCGGGUGGUGUUCUGCAGAUGAUAUUUGUUACGGAAGAACCAUAGGUUCAAAUUGCACGACGAAUUUGCAAUCAAUAAGGUGCGGGGGCAUAUGCCCCGCGCUCGGCGACUGCCACUCUUGCCUGAUCCACGGCCCGUCCAUACCCGAGAACAGCACGCGCACGCCGCUCCCCUCAGUUAGCUCUAAGCUGGGUCUAUUUAAAUGUAGCUGGUGCGUUCAGAAUGCGCGAUGCCAUCAUAAAAAUGAUAAUUACGGCGUGUGCGGUGAGGAUACGCCUUCUGAAACUCCAGGAUGGUGGGGUAGCACCGGAACCGAAGUCACUGCUCCAGAGCAAUGUAAAUUGUUAGAUAAGCGGCCCGGGCUCACCUUCAUACGCUACCAGCAGCCGGCCGAUUGGAACCAUCCAGAUGGAGUUUCUGUUGUCAACGCUACCACUGUGGACUGGGGUACAGGGGGUGGCACUAAUCACAUAAAUAACGGUCCAAGUGAGGCUAGGUUAAGAGGUUGGCUACAUAUACCGCAGUACUGGAAUGGAACAGGAGAAACGUUACACAUCUGCGCAGGAUACUCAAAUAUAUCCUUGACGUUAGGGGAGACCGGCGGCUCUGUUGCGAACUUAACUGCUCAGCCGAACGCAUGUUCGCUCGUCAACUGGCCGGCAUUGUUUCCCGGCAGACUUUCCGUAGAUAUGCAUGCUAAUGACUCGUUGCAUACUGGGCUUUAUCCAUCUCAUCAUCAUGCGAAAAUGGAAUUGCUACACAAUAAAUCUCAAGAAAGUGCUAAGGUAUUUACGUUUGAAUUUUUGGAACCAUAUUCAAACGGUCAAUGUUCUAACUACGGUAACUGUCUACUCUGCCUGGCCGACGCGGCGUGCGGUUGGUGCGAGCUGACUAAUCGUUGCGAACUAAGGAAUACCGAUGAGAAAGUCGCUUGUGCAGCGGACGGCGAGUGGCGAUAUCUCACUUUACAGCCGGCCGCUUGUCCUAACUGCUCGAACCAUAUUAACUGUGAGCGGUGCGUGUCGGGGAACUACUGCGAGUGGUGGGCGGACGAGGCGCGGUGCGCCCGUCGCGGACGCGCCAGCGACGCCAUCGUGGACGCCGCCGAGUGCCCCGCGCCGUGCCGCAUGCGCCUCGACUGUGAGCACUGCCUGGACGAGCGCGGCCGCUGCGUCUGGUGUGAGGCCACGAGACAGUGUUUCAGCUUCAGCGUGUAUACGAGCGAAUACCAGUUCGGCCUCUGCCGGGAGUGGCUUGACCGAGCGCCCACCCCGGCCGAUGAUGGUGCUCGGAAAUCUGGACAGUGUAAAUCAUGCCAGGCUCAUACUCAAUGUUCUACCUGCUUGCGGAGCAUGGGGUGCGGCUGGUGCCACUCCCACGAGAAUCCUAUCAACGGCAUAUGCACUGAGGGUGAUUUCACUAGAGCUCAUGUAGACUGUGCUUCUCUAUUAAAUGUGACGUCUUCGGACGCGGGCUGGGCGUAUGCGCAAUGUCCCGAUGUCGACGAAUGUGGUCUUAAACUUCACGACUGUCACGAGCAUGCGGUUUGCAAUAAUACGCACGGUUCGUUCACAUGUAAAUGUAAACAGGGAUAUAUAGGAGACGGAAAAAAAACUUGUACAAGAACUUGUUAUAACAACUGUAUCCACGGCUAUUGUCGCGGCAACCCUACUUUUCAGUGCCAUUGUGAUUUAGGUUGGACGGGAGCCGAUUGCUCGAUCAAUUGCGGGUGCCAUAAUCAUUCGACGUGUAAAACUGGCGUAGGACGAUGCGAUGAAUGUCAAGACUGGACGGAGGGGGAGUUUUGCGAGACGUGCAAACCGGGCAGCCACGGCAACGCGACCACGGGGCAGGGCUGCCGGCGCUGCGACUGCAACGACCACGGCGACGAGGCGCGGGGCAUCUGCGAUGUCGCCACCGGAGAAUGUAUAUGUAAAGACAACACAGAAGGACAAAAUUGUGAGCGAUGUAAAUCUAAAUUUUACGGCGACCCUCGACACGGAGGGAGGUGCUAUUACCAGUGUGAACCUCGAGGCAUGCUGAAUGCAUCACAAAUCGAAGGUAUCGGUUCACAUAAAAUAGAUACCCAGAUUAAAAAUAUCGGACCGUCUAGGGAAUGUUUGUGGAUUAUUUCAACAGAAAAUAUUAGUAAUGCAAUUAUUCAAUUUACUAUAAACUCUUCAACCUUUGAUGUGCCAUGUGAUGAAAACGCAGUUUACGUGUACGACGGUCUUGGAGGAGUUCCUGACAUGAGCAACAAUCAACAAAGCCAACUUUUAGGUGUAUUUUGUGAUUCUGCAUCUUCUGGUGUGGUCGAAGCAAGGAGUGGAAAUUUAACCGUCCACUAUAAACAAGGUCGGAUCGAUCAGGGUUUUGAAGGAGUAUACAAAGUAUGGGCUUGUGAUGAUUUCUGCCCUCCACCAAGAGUUUGCAAUAAAAAGCAUUGUGUUUGUAAAGAAGGUUUCGGCGGGACAGAUUGUGACGUAGAAAUUUGUAAAAAUAAUUGUAGUAUGGCUGUUGGGGCAGGGAUUUGCGAUUUGAGCUACGGACGUUGUCUCUGUAACGAGGGUUACGGAGGUGAAGAUUGCUCUAUUAAACUUGAUAAGACUCAAUUAGUAUUUACGGAACUCUUUAACUCUGAAUAUUUAUCAGAUGGCCUAGACCAUUUAAGAAAGACAUUGCCCAGAUUCGGCCACAGUUUGGUGGCAGACAGAAGAGGCCUCUGGAUGUUUGGUGGAUAUUCUCUUUCUCAUGGACCACUCAAUGAUAUUAGAUUUUUUGAUACAAAAAAUAAUACCUGGAUGCAGGUUACAGUGGAAGCUACGCCCGACGCUAAAAUGCCAGAAGGUCGUUAUUUUCAUGCAGCUGAAAUAUAUCAUUCUAAACAAAAUAUAUAUAUUUAUGGAGGCCUUGGUUUACAAGAAAAAAAUAUGCAAAAUAAAACCCUUGGUGACUUUUGGCAGUUCAGUUUAAAGGACCAGAGAUGGGGUAACAUCAAAAGUAAAGAUGAGCAUCCUCCACCUCUCGCCGGUCACACGUUAACUUUGCAGAAGUAUCAAGAUUACGAAAGCUUGGUUCUUAUUGGAGGCUUUUCGUUGGAACAGGGAUUCAUGGUUGAUAUGUGGGAGUUUGAUUUGGAUAACGAAAGGUGGAUUAAAUUAAAUUGUGACGGCGCCAAGCCAGCUGGAAUAAUCGGACAUAGCACGGUGUAUCACGGGCCUUCACAGAGUUUGUAUAUAUAUGGUGGCAUAAUUUAUGAAUACGAUGGAACUAGGAUGUCGAACAAAUUGUUUUCUUUCCACUAUCCGACAAAAAAGUGGAGCGAGUUGCCCACAUUUACAAACUUCGCACAUUUUGCACAUAACAACGAUAAGUUGCCCCAAGCCGCAUAUUUGCAUUCUGCAGUGACGACAAAUGACUAUAUGAUUGUGUUCGGAGGUAGAACUGACGCGGAGCACAGACCGGAUACCCUCAUUGCAUAUAUUUACAGCUGCAAUCAAUGGGUCCGCCUUGUUAAAGGUGUCAGUAUCGUUGGUCAUCCGCCACCUCCCACAAUAGCUCACGCAAUGGCGAUCGACGUGGAGUCCGAAAACGAUGGAUACAUUUAUAUAAUCGGUGGAUGGACUGGCAGUGCCCACUGUCAAGUUACAAGAAUAUCAUUACCAGAAGAUCUGUGCUCUCUCUGGAGCACUAGCAAAAUGGACUGCCGCAGCCACAUGGGCUGCAGUUUCUGUAGUACUGGAAACUAUACCAAAUGUUUCGCUGUCGAUAAACCUGGGUGCGAGGGCAGUGAAAGGGUAUCGACUAACGCAGGAUCAGCUUGCGACGCAGACAUGGUCGCGAGGCGGCAAUGUGAAAAUUUUACAUCGUGUUCUUCUUGUCUUGCUGCGUGGCCUUUGUACCCGGAGGAAAAGCCAGCGUGUCGUUGGUGUGAAUCCUGUGCAGCGGCUGUAGGCGAAUGUGUUCCCACCGACGAAUCUUGUACAAGUAUUAAAUGCAACGCGGGCACAAGUUAUAUUAGUGACGUUAGCCAAUGUCCCGAGCUGAAAUGUGUCGCAUCGGAUUGUGAAAAAUGUGUAUCUAAUCAAUGCACUUGGACGAGGUUAGCGUUUAGAGAAGGUCAGGCUGUAAGAUUGUGGGAAGAGCCUUGGGAACCAUUCGACUGGACAUGCACAUUGAUUGAUGAGCCUACUCUGCGUCCUAUAAUCAAGGAAGAAUGUCCUAGCAAGUGCCAUACAUUUGACGAUUGUCAGUCUUGUCUGAGUACUGAUGGGGCGGAGGGAGGAUUCUCCGAAUGUCAUUGGGCGACAUAUCUAGGAAAAUGUAUAUCUCCGGCAUAUCAACCCGUGUACUGUGCGGGGGGCGUCUGCGGGCUAGUGUUGACCAAGGCUGAUAAGAAUAAAUGUCCAGCCCCUUGUGCUACUUUCGAGCAAUGCAGCGAGUGCCUGCAUCAUUCACAUUGCGGUUGGUGUGCCGUAGAGGGCGCUAACGGCGUAGGAGUUUGUACGGAGGGCUCAAUCGAGACUCCUUUGGACUAUUCGACGCGGACCACCUGCGCAGCCGUUUACGAGAACGUUCACCAGACUAACGGCACCAACGAUACUUUUUCGUGGCACUACACACGAUGUCCGCCCGAAAACGAGUGCGAAAACAAUCAUCACCAGUGCAAGGCAGAGUCUGAGGUGUGUCGCGACCUGCCCGAAGGUUACGAAUGCGCGUGCGGCGCGGGCCACAAGCGCGCAGCGAGCGGCGCGUGCGCGGCGGUGUGCUCGCAGGGCUGCGUGCGCGGCGCCUGCGUGCAGCCCGACGUCUGCCGCUGCGACUUUGGAUACGUCGGCGCCAACUGCACCAUACAGUGUCAGUGCAAUGGACAUUCCCACUGCGAGGGACCCGAUAAGCUGGACAAGUGUAUUGAGUGUCACAAUAACACUAUGGGCAACCAAUGUGAGAAAUGUAAGCCUAACUUCGUCGGUGACCCAACUAACAACGGUCAAUGCGUUCCUUGCUUGUCAUUCUGCCACGGCCACACUUCUAUUUGCACAAGCGACUUGACCGACUCAUCGUCAAAAUCUAGCGAUACAUCGACCGACAUCGACGAUAUCUAUAGGGAUCCGGCAGCGGCUAAGGCGCGAUGUGUGCGUUGUGCCAAUAAUACGGAUGGGUCUCGGUGUGAGAAAUGCAUUGAAGGAUACUUUAGAGGCACGGAAGACUUUAGGGAUCCAUGCAGGCCGUGCGAGUGUCACGGCCAUGGAGACACUUGCGACCCGGUGACUGGCGAGAAGUGCAAUUGCGGUAACAACACAGAGAGCGAUGUGUCGUGUCAAACAACCAGUUCCAGCAAGAAUUCUGCACAGGAGUGUUGGCGCUACCAGUGUGUCAAGUGCAGGGACCUGUAUAUGGGUGACCCAAGAAACGGCCACCAGUGCUAUAAGACCAUCAAUAUAGAGAACAAACUUUGCUUCGAUGGUAAAUCUAUAGAUGAAUGCAAAAUAAAGCCUCGCCCAUUAUAUCCCGGUCAAACUGUGUUUGUGGCUGUAAACCCCCGAUACAUGAAUGUAGAUAUAAGAGUUAUCGUAGACGUUACACAAGGUGCUGUCGAUCUCUAUCUCAGUCCAAAUGACAGUUCCUUUGUAGUGCAAGUGAAUGCGAGCAACGGGGCUCACGCAGUGGAACUAGACCCAGUGUUUAGCAAACAUGAACCGUUCAAGAAAAUGCCCUCAUUCGACGAACACAUACCUGAUCAGCCGCGUAUCACUUGGUGGUACGAUAAGGUCGAGUAUACGCUGGCGGAUUACUCGGCAAAGGAUCUCGCGACCUACGUGACAGUUGACAGAAGGAAUAUUCUGUUGCGAGUUCGAAACCUGCGAAACCGCUUAGUCCUCACGUUGCCCGAGAGCAUUCAUGAUCUGACUCACACGAAGUUUUACAUUAUCAUAAAAGCGCGACACAUAGAGGACGGUGCGGCGAGUUUCGGCGUGACGUUCUUUAGACAGGACCAGCUGCACAUUGAUCUGUUUGUGUUCUUCUCGGUGUUUUUCUCCUGCUUCUUCCUGUUUUUGGCUGCGUGCGUGGUCGCUUGGAAAGCAAAACAAGCUGCCGAUGUAAGACGAGCGCGAAGAAGACACGUUGUCGAGAUGCUGCACAUGGCGAAGCGUCCGUUCGCGGCGGUGACGGUGGUGAUGAGCGGCGCCGGGCCCGCCAUCGCGGGGGGCGGCCGCCGGCGCCGCGCCGCGGAACUGCGGCCCGUGGCUAUCGAGCCCACUAGCGACGGCCGCGCGGCAGUCACCACCGUGCUCGUGAGGUUGCCUGGCGGUGCGCGCGCGCCGGUGCGGCUCUCGCUGGCGUCGUCGCUGGUGCUGGUGGCGCGCGGGGCGCCGGCGCGCGCGCGCAGGCACGCCAGGCACCCGCCCUCCGCACGCAUCGCGCUCAAUACGUAAUCUGCAAAACCGCUACCACAUGGUAACUUUCACUUUUCCUGGUCGAGCUACUGCGAGCUCGAUAAUAAUAAUUAUAACGUUUAAAGAAAAAAUAUUGACUUCAAAUAUCUUAGUGAUCCCUUGGUUGCAGUAAGUUUUUAUCAUCAGAUGAUGACGACAUCUCAGAAGUGUAUAAUUUAAAAAAACAGUUGAACUAUGAGUUUAACCACAGUGUCACUAUAACAUUGGCAACAUCAUUAUAUAAUACUUUAUAAUUUAAGAUUUAAACUAGCUUAUUAACAUUUAUUUUGGCGAGUAUGCCUUCUGAUCUGAGCCAUCAUUAUCUUUAAACCAGUUUUAUCUGUGAUUGCAUUUUGCGAGACUUGACGGAUUAAUAACUGAUUGAAUAUGGAUUUACUAUUUAUUUUCCAAUAUAUCUGUUUUAUUUCCUAAUAGCCGUCCUUUUUGGCAGGCUUUACAAGGUGGCACUUGGCAAACGUGUUUUGCGAAAUACGUGUAUACACCUUCUAACGAUGCCCGAUUGCUUAUUUAGUUAAUACAAUUUAUAUUUAAGAUUUUUUUGAGUUAGCAAUACGUUGAGCCUACGUAUUAAAUGUAAUGUUAAUGCAUCUUCACCAAGAGCCUUGCUAAAAUAAAUAGAGCUAACGCGAUCGUCGCCAUAAAUCGUACCUAAUAUAAUGUGCUAUACUUGCAAAUUACAUUUCGAAUAGUUCAAGUCUCGUUAUUUUGAUGUUUAGAAUUUAUAUAAAAAGGUAUCAACAAAUUCAUUCGCAAUUAAUUUAACCUGAAAAAAAAAAGUCCGCAAGGUAU